AUGCUGACUUUUAUCCAGCUGAUAUUUUUCCUCUUUUUGACCAACAUUAGCUCAACUGAUGCAGAGAAACCUUUCCAUAAUCGGGAUCAUUCUGACAUGCAGUCCCUUAAUUCUCACCAAGCUCAGGCUGUAACGGACAAAUAUGGAUUCAUUGAGCCAGUUAACUGGGAGGAAGUUCAGCUUGAGGAUUCAGACGCCUCGUUCAGCGGUGACUUCCUCGAUGACCUUCAAGCCACAAUCCAGGAGGGAAUCUCAGUGGCUCAUUUAAGGGAUGCUCAUCGAGCUGGUGAUCAACGGGAGUACAGCAGCCAAAAUAAGAACCAAGCAUUUAUUUCAGCACUUACAGAGUUUCAGAGGGUUUCAGGUCUGCCUGUUACAGGAGUCUUUGAUGAGGCCACGAAGGUGGCAAUGAACAAACCAAGAUGUGGCGUCCCUGACAAGGAGAUGGGUCUGACCAACCCUGUAGUCGCUACUGUGCCUGAGAGCAGUGGCGACUUUGAUUUUGAAAACAGCACCAGUAACAACACAACAAGUGGCGCUUCUUUUGGAACUGCAAAUUUCUCUGAAGAUGACAUAUUAAAUUUUAAUGAUACUGACAGUGUGCUCACAGGCAUUUCCAAUGACACCAGCAUGAAUUAUACAACAGAGAUUUUAAAUAUCACUUCUCUAAACAGCUCACAUGACAGCCGACUGGGCAGCCAAACGGGAAAUAUCAGCGUGAACACGAGCCAAAGCGAAGCAGUGAGACGCAGGAAGCGACAUCUUGCAGGUCUCAUUUCCAAAACCAGGAAGACGAGAGAUGUGAGUCAAACUGACCACAUGGCCUUUUCCAAGAAGGUUUUGAAAUGGAGGCUGAUAGGUGAAGGCUACAGCAGUCAGCUGACCAUUGAAGACCAGAGGUACAUCUUCCGAUUGGCUUUCAGGAUGUGGAGUGAAGUGUCACCACUGGAAUUUGUGGAAGAUACGCAUGCCCCAUUGGAGGAUGUUGACAUCAGGCUGGGAUUUGGCACAGGAAGGCAUCUGGGAUGUAAUCAGAAGUUUGAUGGCACUGGUCAAGAAUUUGCCCAUGCUUGGUUCCUGGGUGAUAUCCACUUUGACGAUGACGAGCACUUCACAGCUCCCAAUGUUGGCAGUGGAAUCAGCCUGCUCAAAGUAGCGGUUCAUGAGAUUGGCCAUGUUUUGGGUCUACCCCACAUCUAUAGACCCGGAUCCAUAAUGCAGCCCAGCUAUCUGCCCCAGGAGUCCAGCUUUGAGAUGAACUGGAUGGACAGAAAAGCUAUACAGCAACUCUAUGGAGCCUGUAAAGGCCGGUUCGACACAGUGUUUGAUUGGAUAAGGAAGGAGAAGACACCAUAUGGGGAGGUGGUGAUCCGCUUUAACACCUAUUUCAUGAGAGAUGGCUGGUACUGGCUGUAUGAGAACAGAAAUAAUAGAACGCGUUAUGGUGACCCAGUUCCCCUGCAAACUGGUUGGCAUGGGAUCCCUAUGGAUGGAGUUGAUGCAUAUGUGCAUGUGUGGUCCAGAAAAAGAGAUGCUGUAUAUUUCUUUAGAGGUACUCAAUUUUGGAAGUAUGAUAGCGAGAAUGACCAGGUGUUCAGACAGGAUCCUGAAGGUCACCGGUAUCCGAGGUUAAUCUCUGAAGGUUUCCCAGGGGUACCAAGCCCUAUUGACACAGCCUUUUAUGACAGGAGGGACUCCCACAUCUAUUUCUUUAAAAACAAUCUUGUGUAUGCAUUCAACGUGGAAGCCAACGACUUGGCAAGAGGCUUCCCCAAAAACAUCAGAGAUGUUUUCCCUCCCGUGGUGAACAGAGACCAUCCAGAUGGCAACAUUGAUGCUGCCUACUUCUCCUACACUCACAAUGCCAUCUUUCUACUCAAGGGCAUACGCUUCUGGCAAGUAGUGGGCAGUCGUGAUCGUUGGCAAAGGCCCUUUCUGCCACGAAAUGGCCUGCUGCCACAUAAGGAGGUGGAUCAGCACUGGUUUGAUAUCUGCAACGUUCAUCCCACCGCACUCAAACUAACCCGCUGA